GAACGAACAAAGCCAUCUCUGCCUCCCUUUAUGCCUGUGCCAUUAUCACGACUGCCCUGCGGAUUCUUCGACGAUUUCGAGCUCGGCUGCUCUGGUGGGACGAUGCCUUUGCUGCAGCCUCCAUAGUCUUCAUCGCCAUCUCCCUCACCGCGAUAUUCAUGUGGGACGCCGUUCAGAGUCCCUCAGCCCGCAUCGCUCUCAACUGGCUGACCACCAUAUCAUUUUCAAACACGCUCUGGCUCUCACGAACAAGCAUGAUGCUAACUCUCGUUCGCCUCAUACCACCACUUCUCGCUCUUCGCGCACACGCUGCCUUCUGUGCCUUUCUUUUCCCGUUCUUCUGGUUGUCCAUCGUCAUCCACAAAAUAUGCAUAUGCUCCACCCAGAGAGAGUGGAUGAUCACCUAUGUCUGCCGCCAAAAUCUGUUCAUAGGUAUCCAAGGCCUCAUCCUCGAUAUUGCGGCCGACUCUGCCCUGUGCUUUUUCCCCUUACGGAUGUUCUGGCAACUGACCGAAUCGAGGUCCAAAUAUCGCGUGCUCUUGAUCCUCUUCUCAGCUAGCGUGUUGACCGCUGUCACGAGUAUAUUUCAUGCCUGGGCUGUUCUCGGUCCCACCGGAGGUCUCGAGGGUAUCCUGUCGAACCUGGAGGCCGCAACCUCCGUAAUAGUGUCCAACCUUGCCAUCGUUUCUACCUGGAUCAUCCGCGCAUUGGGCAAUCAUGAGCAGAGCAGAGAGAUGGAAGAUUUCCUGUCGACCGUCUUCCCCGACGACCCACCACGCAGAUUCUCGCUUACUACUACCGUUAGCAGCUGCGGUCGCGUCCUGUCCAGAGGAAGCAGAGUUUUCCGUGCGAGGCGCCUAACGAAUGUGCACGACCUAGAAGAACAACGCGGUCGGAGUCGAAGCCGGAGUCGGAGUCUGGGCCGUCGACGUAUCCGGCGUGGCGCCGAAUACGGCGCACAAACUCCUCAUCAUGUCGUUCUCGAGGAGGAGUCGAAGACGGAGGAGCUGGACGCUGAGCUUCCUGUGACGGUCCUCGAGCGCCACUGCGGGAUGGGCUUCGAAACUGGGUCUGAUUGUCUGACCACGCUAUCGUCCGCGCUGAAGGAGAGCAUGCACACAAGUUCUUUCACUUUCGUCGGAUCUGAAUCGCCGUUACCACCAUCACAUCCGUCUCCAGUGCAUUCGUUGCCUUCGUCCGGAUGUGUGUGUGCGAUCGAGGACGGUGUUUAGGAGGCCGUAUCCGGGGUUGCGUCCAUGAACGAGCCUCUUGUCACAUAGCGACGCCGUACGAUUAGCUGUAUCUGUUUGGGCUUGUGUGUUUUGUGCUCCAUUGCUUUCGGUCGCUGUUUCGCUACGCUAUCAAUACAAACUUUACCUGUACUUGUAAUCACAUUUCU